AUGGCCAGUGAGAACACAAUCCCGCAGCUGAAGAAUGAGGUAAAGAUAAAGAUCGGGCUUAUAGGCGAUGCACAGGUGGGGAAGACCUCAUUAAUGGUGAAAUACGUGCAGAAUGUGUUUGAUGAGGAGUACACUCAAACACUUGGAGUACAUUAUCUGGAGCGGAAGAUCAAUUUAGGGUCAACGGACGUUAUUUUUUCAAUUAUGGAUCUAGGGGGGCAGCGAGAGUUCAUCAAUAUGCUGCCGCUGGUGUCGAACCGUGCGGUCGCAAUUAUAUUUUUGUUUGACCUGACGCGGCCGGAGACGCUCACGUCAAUCCGCGAAUGGUACCGACAAGCACGCGGGUUCAACGAGACAGCGAUCCCGCUGCUGGUGGGCACCAAGUACGAUCUAUUUGUCAACCUAGACGUGGCCUACCAGGAGGAACUGUCGAAGACGAGCAUGCGGUACGCACAGGUCAUGGGCGCCCCGCUGGUGUUCUGUUCGACUGCAUCGUCAAUCAAUGUCCAGAAGAUCUUCAAGGUUAUCAUAGCCAAGGCGUUCAACCUGACGCUGCGUAUACCGGAGAUAAAGGACAUGGGGGACCCGUUACUAAUAUACAAGAGCCUGGGGAAUGCGCCGCAGAGGGUGCCCUCCGAAUACACGCAUCAUGGACGUUAUCGACAACCAGAACACAUACGGAAUAUGGCGGAGCAAUAA